AUGGCGGCCGCAGGAAUCUGUGGUACAGAUAUAAAAAGUCUGGAUGACAAAAAACUUGCCCAGUUUUGCCCCAUCAUUAUGGGCCAUGAAGGAACCGGCAUAGUCGAGAGUGUGGGGGAAGGAGUAAGCACGGUGAAAACAGGUGAUAAAGUCAUCAUCUUAUGUCUACCACAAUGUGGAGAAUGUAAAACUUGCCUCAAUUCCAAGAACAAUAUUUGUAAGGAAGCUAGACUAUCAGGGACACAUCUGACGUCUGAAGGCAACAGCAGAAUUACCUGCAAAGGAAAGACAGUGUAUCAAUAUAUUACUACGGGCACCUUCUCUGAAUACAUAGUCAUAAAGGAAAUCUCAGUCGCCAAGGUUGAUGAAGAUGCUCUUCUGGAGAAGGCAUGCAUAAUUGGCUGUGGGUUUGCCACUGGCUUUGGCGCUGCAAUCAACUCUGCCAAGGUGUCUCCAGGCUCCACCUGUGCUGUGUUUGGCCUCGGAGGUGUUGGCCUGUCUGUCAUCAUUGGCUGUAAAGCAGCAGGAGCAGCCAGGAUCAUCGCUGUGGACACCAACAAAGACAAGUUUGCAAAGGCCAAGACAGUGGGUGCCACUGAGUGCAUAGACCCACAAGACUUUGAGGAACCCAUUCAGAAAGUCUUAUUUGGUAUGAUGAAUGAUGGAGUAGACUUCACAUUUGAGGUCACUGGAAACCCAGAAACAGUGGCAACUGCCCUGGCCUCCUGCCACAAGGAUCAUGGAGUCUGCGUGAUUGUUGGAUCAAUAGCAUCUUGGAUACAACUCAACAUCAAUAGUCAGUUGUUCUUUUCGGGACGUACUCUAAAAGGGUCAGUUUUAGGAGGCUGGAAAACCAAGGAUGAAAUCCCUAAGCUGGUUUCUGACUAUACGGCGAAGAAGUUUAACCUAGAUCCACUGAUUACCCACACCCUGACUCUCGAUAAGGUCAAUGAAGCAAUUCAGCUCAUGAAAAACGGGCAAUGGUAA